AUGGCCAGUUCCACCCAGUACUUGCUCAACCUUGACCCCGAGCACAUAUCGUGCAUCGGAGGGCGGACGGUAGUCACAUGCAAGGGUUGCGCUGGGAAUGCCCCGAGAGGAGCAAUCUGCCUCAGCUGCAACGGUCGCGGCUUCAAUAUCUUUGUCUGUGCACACUGCAACCCCGCAGCUGCAGCUGCCGCAGCCAGAGCAACAGCGAAUCCCACAGCUGCAUCUGCAGAAACACCCGGCUCCUCAGCACUUUCAUCUCCGGGCUUGCUGAGUCGCACCCCGUCUACUUCAUAUUCGGAUCCAAGCGUCGCUCGAUCGUACGCAAAAUAUGGAGAUGAUCGUGACAGUACAAGCUGUGGACGGAUUGAUGGCAAUAUGAAUAAGCCGCGAAAUCCGUGA